GCGCGGUGGGACGGGCGCACGGCGGAGAGCGGGGCGUCGCGGCAGCGGCAGCUGCCCGGCGGUAGAGAGGGAGGUGGUGACGACCCCGCCGCUCCUGCUGCAGCUGCUCCUACCGCUGCUGCCGCUGAGGAAAAGCAUGUGUGCAGAGUUUGGUGGCAGAAUAUUUAAGGUAUGUGGGCAGUCUGUGGCAAAUGCAUCUGAAGAAAGUGUGACUGGCUGAAGAGUCAGCUGAACUUGUGUAUGGAGACACAGAAGUGCUGGCAAGCCCAGGAAAAGAACUAAUUGGAAGAAUAUUGCUAGACACAGAAGAACUGGAACUUUUAACUUCUACAGCGGGCAGUGACUAAGAAUAAAUACGUUGGUAAAACCAUCAGCAGUGAAAAGGCAGACUGGUGUUUUUCAUUCUGUUGGAUUUUAUUACUUAAGAGACAGUUGACAUUUUUGUCAUCCCAUUUAAUUCAUCUUGAAUUUUUCUGUACAUAAAACUAUAACUGGACAAUUGCAUUUUAAUACUGUUUAAUAGCACUUUUGAAUGUUAAUCAUUUUCCAAGAUGAGCGCUGAGGGAUAUCAGUACAGAGCUUUAUAUGACUACAAAAAAGAGCGAGAAGAAGACAUUGACUUGCACUUAGGAGAUAUAUUAACUGUGAAUAAAGGUACCUUACUAGCACUUGGAUUCAGUGAAGGGGAAGAAGCAAAGCCUGAGGAAAUUGGUUGGUUGAAUGGCUUUAAUGAAACCACAGGGGAGAGGGGGGAUUUCCCAGGAACUUAUGUAGAGUACAUUGGAAGAAAAAAAAUAUCUCCCCCUACUCCAAAGCCUCGUCCUCCUCGGCCUCUUCCAGUAGCACCAAGUCCUGCAAAAGCUGAAUCAGAGAGUGAGCAACAAGCUUUUGCACUUCCAGACCUUACAGAGCAGUUCACACCUCCUGAUGUUGCUCCACCGAUUCUUGUCAAGAUAGUAGAGACAAUUGAAAAGAAAGGUCUGGAGUAUUCAACUUUGUAUGGAGCACAAGGCUCAAGCAGCGCAGUGGAAUUAAGACAAAUUUUUGAAUGUGAUGCCUCCUCAUUGGAUUUAGAGACAUUUGAUGUUCACACUUUAUCAGAUGCUCUCAAGAGGUAUAUUCUGGACCUGCCAAAUCCCAUCAUUCCAGCAGCUGUUUAUAGUGACAUGAUUUCUGUAGCUCAAGAAGUGCAGAGCACAGAGGAAUAUGCUCAGUUGCUGAAGAAACUGAUCAGAUCUCCAAAUAUACCUCCCCAGUAUUGGCUCACACUCCAGUAUUUGCUCAAACAUUUCCUCAGAGUUUGUCAAGCCUCCAGCAAAAAUCUCUUGAAUGCAAGGUCUCUGGCUGAAAUUUUCAGCCCUCUGCUUUUUAAAUUCCAGAUAGCAAGCUCUGAUAAUACAGAACACCACAUAAAAAUCCUAGAGGUUUUAAUCACAAGUGAAUGGAAUGAGAGACAGCCAGUACCAGCACUGCCUCCUAAGCCACCGAAACCUAAUAGCGUAACUAACAAUAGCAUGAAUAACAACAUGUCAUUACAAGACGCGGAAUGGUACUGGGGGGAUAUCUCAAGAGAAGAAGUAAAUGAGAAGCUUCGAGACACAGCUGAUGGUACCUUUUUGGUACGAGAUGCUUCAACCAAAAUGCAUGGGGACUACACACUGACUCUGAGGAAAGGAGGAAAUAACAAGUUGAUCAAAAUUUUUCACCGAGAUGGAAAAUAUGGCUUUUCUGACCCAUUAACAUUCAACUCUGUGGUCGAGCUAAUAAACCACUACCGGAAUGAAUCUCUAGCCCAGUAUAAUCCUAAACUGGAUGUAAAAUUACUCUAUCCAGUAUCUAAGUAUCAGCAGGAUCAAGUUGUAAAAGAAGAUAGCAUUGAAGCAGUAGGAAAGAAAUUACAUGAAUAUAAUACCCAGUUCCAAGAAAAAAGCAGAGAAUAUGACAGACUCUAUGAAGACUACACAAGAACAUCUCAGGAAAUUCAAAUGAAAAGAACAGCCAUUGAGGCAUUUAAUGAAACAAUAAAAAUAUUUGAGGAGCAGUGCCAAACACAAGAAAGAUACAGUAAGGAAUACAUUGAAAAAUUCAAACGGGAAGGAAAUGACAAAGAGAUACAAAGAAUCAUGCAUAAUUAUGAAAAACUGAAGUCUCGGAUAAGUGAAAUUGUGGACAGCAGGCGUAGAUUAGAAGAAGAUUUGAAAAAGCAAGCAGCUGAAUAUAGAGAGAUAGACAAGCGUAUGAACAGCAUAAAGCCAGACCUCAUACAGCUGAGGAAGACAAGAGAUCAGUACUUGAUGUGGCUGACUCAAAAAGGUGUUCGACAAAAGAAGCUAAAUGAAUGGCUUGGAAAUGAAAAUGCAGAAGACCAAUACUCUAUGGUAGAAGAUGAUGAGGACUUGCCCCAUCAUGAUGAGAGAACAUGGAAUGUGGGAAAUAUCAACAGAAGCCAAGCUGAAAAUCUGCUACGGGGAAAACGAGAUGGAACAUUCCUUGUUCGAGAGAGCAGCAAACAAGGCUGCUAUGCCUGCUCUGUUGUGGUGGAUGGUGAAGUGAAGCACUGUGUGAUAAACAAAACACCUACUGGGUAUGGAUUUGCAGAGCCAUAUAACUUGUACAACUCGCUCAAAGAACUGGUGCUACAUUACCAACACACAUCACUUGUGCAGCACAAUGACUCUCUCAAUGUCACACUAGCCUACCCAGUAUAUGCACAGCAGAGGCGAUGAAGAUCUUAAUACUCUGGGUUGUUUGUUGUUUUUUUUUAAAGAAAUGAUUUGUCAACAUUGAGGCCUCUGGAGAGAAAAGGCUCCUUUCAGCUUUACUCAAGAAUUUGCAGUAUCAAAGCUAUAUGUCUUCAGAUGGGACUAGAGAUUUCCUUCACAACUGCAGUGGGAGAGAUCA